UGAAUUAUUGUAUUUUAUGUUAUUCACGAAGGGUAGUUUAGUCUUUUAGGUUAUUAGGGUUUUAUUCUAUUUAGUUUAUAUAUUUGUACUCAACUUUUGAUUGAUUACUUAAAAUAUUCAAUAUACAAAAUUCCUCCUCUCUUUUAUCACCUUCUUCACCUUGAGUUUCGACGACUUCUUAGCUACAUUACUCAAAGAGGACGCCCUUUAUUCUUUGGCAAAAAGACUACCAUUUCCUACCUUUACCAACCAAAAUGCAAAGGAACCUCCCCCUUCAGUAUGAAGGAACUAACAUCCAUACGGCUACCUUGUCACAAAAUCCUUCUAUAAAAUCCUUCUCACCUUCACUACCCAUCAGUUGGUUAAGGACUUCACAUAACCAAUCUAACUUCUCAUGCUUUAGUCUGACCUAGUGAUUCAAGCUUCGCCUUCUCUCUCUGAGCAUCAGGAAGUCACCAUCUCCAUCUUUAUCAUCUUCCUCUUCAAGGGCAAUCUUAGACCAUCCCAACUAAAGAGCUAUGUUACACGGACUCUUUGUAUUUUGAGAGGUACCCGUGUCAACACGACAUGACACGACACGUGUACGGGUGGGGAAUACAACUAAAUACAAACGGAUACGGUUGGUUUUCUUUUCUAAUUUUCACAACAACAACAAAGGAGGAGAGAAACAUGACUUGUGACCUCAUCGUCGUCAUCGUUCAUCAUCUCUGUCUUUUGUAUUCAUCUUCGUUGAUGGUUGCUAGGGUUAUAUUAAAGGGUUUGGUGCAUUUGGGCUUAUUUAGGAUACACUUUGGUCUGUUAAUAAAAUGGGCCUUGUAAUAAAAAUUAGGAGGUUAUUGGGCUGAGCUUCUCAUGUUUGGGCCUAAUACUAAUUAAGUUGGGAUUUAACUUAUAUCCAUGGAAAAUCAAUUAUUCAUUUUUAAAAAAUAAUGUUUUAUAUAUUUUUUAACUACAAAUGUGUAGCAUCAUCAUAAAAAUAUGUAAUCAUUCUGAGCCAUAAAUUAUUGUAACUUUAUUAGAAAAAUACAUAAUAUUUUUUAGCACAUCCAUGUUUGGCCGUAGCCGCGUACCUGUGUCUAAUUUUUGGGUACUUUUUAGACAUAUCCGCGUAUUCCUCAUUUAGAGGUUUGCCGAGUCCAACCCCUUGGUACAUAGCUACACCCGACACUCGUACCCGAGUCCAUGUAACGUAGCUAAAGAGUGACUCUCUUUGCUGAAACCUUCGUCCCUUCCCUCAAUUUAGUGCAUUUCUUUUAUCUAAUAAAAAUCAAUAAUUUAGAAAUUGAUUAUGUCUAAUCUUGUAUAAAGAGCAUCAUCUAGCACCUUUAACUGUCCUUGUUAUCUCCGAGUUAGCCCACUUACAUCUAUUAAUAAUUGUCAUUUUUUUGGCCACUUUUUAAAGCAUUUAUUUAUUUUCUUCUACUACGACUUGAAUCUCAUUUUUAUUGUUUUUUGAAAAGGAAAAAUGGUGCAUAUGGUAUGCGCUCAAAAUUUCAGUCACAAGGAUUCAUAACCAAUUUGGUUCAUAACCAAAAACACCACAAAGCCUCGUAACCUAGGCUCUUCUGUUUAUAUCCACAAAGCCUCAUAACCAAGUUCAUAACCAAUCACGCCAAGUUUGACCACCACAAAGCCUCACAAGUAAUUACAUGAUUCAUAGUCAAGACCAAAUGGCUUCAUAACUGCAAGACCAUAUAAUUACCGUUUUUUUAUUACAGAUUCAGUUUUCAACUAUGUUCUCCUUUAUUUGUUUCAACUAUUUACCUUGUUUGGUUACAGGUUUCUAUUUUUGUACUACUUGGGAUUGUCGUUGCAGGAGCUGCCCUAGGGUAUUGGAUGGUGCGGAAAUUUGUUAUUGCAGAAGACGGAAGUGUGGAUGUUGGUGUAGCUCAAUUUGUGAAAUGGGCCAUGCGUGUCAUCGCAGCAACAUUUAUCUUCCUGGUGGCUAUGGCGUUCAUGUUAAUAAAUAGUGUGAUAAUGCUCCACUUGCGUAUCUUUGGACCAAACGGAAAUCUGUGUGCAAUUUGCCUUGCAUUCCCGCAAUUUCUUCCUACUCUCAGAAUUGUAUUAUUUUGAAUUUUUUAUUCUUAUUUUCUGUCAGAGUACUCUUGUCCUUUGGCAAUGGGGGCAUUGGCUUCUUGUUUGUCAAUCUGCUUUCUUAUCACUUCCUUCAAGUGGAAUGGUCCAGAUUCUACCAUUACUUUUGGGAAUUCAAUUUAUUCUGCAAAUGGGAAUCCUUGGCGGGGUAGAGGACGAACAAAUGUAAGACAAAAUCGUGCUGAAUUUCUCAGCAGGUCAGGGAUGGUGGCUUCACGGGGAACACUGUGGAACAGCCCAAGGAGACCUUCUGGUUGGUCUGACUCUCCUGUUAAAGGUAUGAUAUCUCCGACCAGUGGGAGGGUGACAAGAAAUCAACAGGAUUACUAUUCAACAUUCCAUAGGACAGCCAACAGAAAGAAGUUUUCAAAAAAAGAGUGGGAGAAUUUCACCCAGAAAUCAACCUGACAUGCUGUGGCUGAGUUGGCAUCGUCUCCAAAGUUCACUGAUUGGAUUAUUAAGCAUGCUGACAGCAGAUGAUAAUUCAGAUAACACAAUUGGAAGUGGCUCAGAUUCCCCAUAUGAGAAUCUUGUAGAAAGUGGCGAUCGAUUUAGUUUGUGCAAAUGGUAGCAGCAACCUUAGUAGGAAAUUAGUUACUUGUAGCAGUACAAUGAGGUUGAGGCUAGGAAUGGUGCUCAUUUAAUUUUUCUUCUUUGUUUUAGGUUUACUUUUAAUACAUCAUAUUAUGUCAUUAAGCAAUUGUGGCAAAUCUUUUGAAAUCUUCUAAUCAUGUUAUAGUGCGUGCUCUUUCUAA